GCCAACAACAAACCAAAACUCCACAAAUCGAUCGCCCUAGUUGUCUCAGUGUUUUGAAAAUCCCUGGCAAGUGGCAUUCCGCUCACAGUCUCCCCUCUAAUUCGCUUAAAACCCACCGAAAUUCAUCUGAAUCGCUGAAUAAUGUUAAAGAUCCGAGACUUAUCACCUCUACCCAGUGCCUGAUACUGCUGACACGGAAAAACAUGGCAACGUGACAAAAUGGCGAAUGAAUACCCGUAGACGUCAAGGACGACAGUCACCUCUGGCUAUCGCCACCGAAAAAUUCUCCCACAAACUUCUAACCCGUAAUAAUUAAUCUAAAAGUGUUGGUGAAUUGAAAGUGAAUUAGAUAAGAGUGAAUUGAUAAAUCAAUGCUGAGAUGAAUCUUCGUCGCGUCAUUUAUGGCGCCGCUGGGAAACUACGCGGUAGAAAAACGCAGUACGCCCAUCACGGGCUCUGCUCCCCAUAUUACUGAUGAUCAAUGGCUUUAUUCGAGAAAAAAUAUACGAAUAAAGUGUUGCUAGAUGAUACAGAGAAGUUGACAAGUGUCAUCGAAAAUGCUAGGACUAUUAACGGUCACACGGAGUAUGUGAUUAGGACACAGCGAGGCCCACUGCCCGAGAGAUCGUGGCGCAUUAGCAGACGGUACAAUGAAUUCGUUCAACUCAAUGCAGCUUUAUCCAUUUCGGGGAUUGAGUUACCAUUGCCCCCUAAGAGAAUCAUUGGUAAUAUGGAUACUGACUUUAUAGCUCAACGACAAAUUGGACUGCAGAAUUAUUUAAAUACGGUACUAAUGAAUCCCAUAUUGGCAUCGUCGCUGCCAAUGAAACAUUUUCUCGAUCCUAACAACUAUACGGCACCACUGCACGAGAUAGCACUGCAACAGGUGUCCCUAGCCCUCCGCAGCGAUGCAAACUUCGAGAUUGGCAAGCCGAUUGUGGACAUGGGCUGGCGGUUGAGAAAACACUAUUACACAGUGAAAAACCGCCAGAACCCGAAGCAAGAACUCUUACUAGCAUGGGUGGAAUUCGGACCGGACAAGCAUCUCCCGGACAAGGACAUGCAGGGAGUUUUCAAGAGCCUAGGAACCCUGAAGCACACCAACAUCGAGGGAAUCGUUCACCAGCACGUGACAGACACAGGAGCCCUCACGAUCAGGAACUUCCAUCCCAACGGCACCUUGAGGGACAUUUUGUGCAACACAAAACCAAAGCAACCGUUCAUCAAGAAAUACGGGAAUCCGAAACAGCCGAAACCACUGGCUUCCUCGGAAAUAGCGACGUAUUCUUAUCAAAUAUUAGAAGCCCUGAGCUAUUUACAUGAGAAGGGACUUCCUUAUGGACAUCUGCACACUGGAAAUAUUCUCAUUACUCCAACAGGUGCUAAAUUACUUGACAUUGAGAAUGGACUCCUCGGCCUGCCCACUUUCUACCGACCCUACGUUGUUCAGAGGAGAAAACUCCACGCGACAACUCAAGUAGACGUUUACGCACUAGGUCACGUUUUGUACGAGAUGGCAUUCGGUAGACCUCUGCUGGAAGCCACAUGCACAGACCUUCCGCACUGUGAUGUUCACCUGAAGAAUCUUCUAGAGGUGAUCCUGUCCCCUGAAGCGCUGAAACAGGAUCUUCCCACUUUCUCGAGACUCCUGGAGCACCCCUUCUUCGAUAAUGCGAGGCGGGGGGUGAAUGCCAGCGGAUCUGUCGAAAAACCUCAUUUUAAGUUGAGCAGCCAUCUGAAGGAGGCACUUCUGGCUGCUGCUAAUAAGGCUGAGCAGAGACUGAGGGACGAGCAGAAGGUUGCCAGGCAUCAGAAGAGGCUGGUCAAGGUUCAGGAGAUGAUGAGCUCCGAGGAGGAGAUGAAGAAGAGGAAGCAUAAAUUGAAAAAGGAGCAGAAAUUAGCUCAAGAACAACGAUCUUCAAGUCACCUCGGAACCAAUGGACUCAAACAGAUUAAUGGAAAAAGUCCUGAGAGAUCUGACAGUCCUACAAGUACAUCCACCACGACCAGUGUCGGUACUCUGACACCUCCAUCCCAUGGUUCUAACGAGCACCAAAAUCAAGGCCAUCCCCUGAGGAACAACAAUAACAUAAACAACAACGUGGGACCUCCACCGCCACCGCCACCGAUGCCAGUGCCAUCAGAGCAAUUAAAAAGUCAACCCGCAGCACCUCCAGCUGGGAACGACAGAACUGCACUGCUCGGCAGUAUAUGUAAUUUCAAUAAGUCUAAUCUCCGCAAGGUCACCAAUGGAAAUAAUUAAAGAUUGAUAAUCUAGCUUUAAAAGAAAUCUGAAGGAACGAAUUAAUGAUUCAAUUAAAUCUGCGAGGGCAGUGGUAAAAGAAAGGGGAUAAUUGCGAAAACUACGUGCCGAUUAAGUUGUGGAUUGACGAAGAUUUUGUUAAUCAUUUUCUCUUUCAUCUCUUUUCACCACUUCUCUCCUGAAAUGAUUGUCUGAGGGUAAGAAACCAGUGGCCUAGAUGUAGCCUGCGUCUUUAGUUUCCAUUCCAAAAAACAUUAAAAGCGAUAGCUACCUAAGAGUAUUAUCCCGAGUGUUGAUUCCUCAAAAUCAUGUGCUGGUUAAUAAUCGAACAAAUCCCCAAACUCCAGGAAUUUAAUGAUUUCGCCGAAAUGAAUUGACAUUAUUUCCGCUUGUCUUCUUACUUUGUACCUCUUACGUUUUACAAAGAAAACCUCAUAUCGAAGUUAAGGACUUAACGUUUACGUUGCCAAUUAAGCUUUUGUAAAUAAACAGGAAAAAGAAAUGUUUAAUAACGAGAUGAGAGAUGCGACGAGGUAGAGAAGUAAAUUAAUAUAUCGAUUUUAAUAAUUGUUAUAUUUCCAACGUCAGGUCGGGAGACGAUGGAAUGUAUAAAAGAAUAUUAUUCUUCUGUUGAGUUUAUCUUAUUUUGUCGGAUGAAAAUACCUGCAAGGUUUUUAUGUAAAAAUAUAUGAGAUAUAUACACAUGAAAAAAAGUUAUAUUUAAUAAAUACGUGAAGUUAAACUAAAAAUGAAAAAAUCAACGUAUAUCAGUAAAAGGAUUAAAUAAAUAAGAAAAGUGGCUGAAUAAUGAAAAUAGUUGUCAUCUCCUUGUCCUUCAGAAAUUUAAUAAUGUUCAUGUCAGAAAAUCACUCCUCUCACGUCCUAGAGUUAUAAAAUAUAAAAAAAUUGUGGAAAAUGCAACUGAUGGUCAGGCGAUUGGGAAAUGACUGAGGAGAUGAAUCGAAGUUAAUUUUUCUGUUGAUAAUGCAAUUGUUUCGAAAGUGAGUGAGUGGGUUUGCGAGGUAAAUGUCUUUUGACCAUCCUCAACAAACCUCUUCAUUCCGACUUUUCAUGCAGACAUCUGGAAAUUCAUUUUCGACAAUUUCGUAGAGAUUAUAAUUCAUGUGCUUUUGUGAAUCGCUCUUGAAUCAGUGAGUCCAUUGAAAAAUGUCGAGUGAUCUAGUUUUAGGAUGUGGAUUUUUUUACAACAAGGUUCUUUUGACACCUGUCCAUAAAAGCUUUUCUUUUCAAAGAUAUUCACAGAACUAUGAACACUAAUAUUGGACAAAAUCCAAAGUAUCAUUUCUCCAAUAUUUUUGGAAUCCGGUAGUAUAUAGUAAAUGUCAGCCAUUUCUUCAGGGCAUCUCUAAAGAGAAUCUUAUUGAUUUUUUCAAUUAAUCUCUUCCUUUCGAAAAUAUAUGCAGAUAGCUGGAAAAUCAUUGUUGGCUGAUUCAUAAAAAUUACAUUUGUUUUUUUACGAAUAUUUUUACACUGGUUCAUUAAAAAAUGUGGAAAGAUCUGUUAGUGGAGAUUUUAGUGAUGCACGAAGGUUUACUGACAUUUCUCGUUGAAUAGCUUCCCCUUGAAUAUAAUUAUAAAGAUCUUUCAAUUGAUUUUUACUUGAUUUAUCACAAUUAUAUUCCACAUUUCAAAUUCAUGAAAAUUAUUUCACAAAUUUCUUCCAGGACUAGUAGGUUUACUCAAAACAGGUCGAGAGACCAAAGUUUUCACAAGUGAAGGUUAUUGAAUUCUUCAGAUAAAUCUCUUCCUGUUGAAGAUGUAUGCAAAUAACUGCAAAAUUAUUUUCGAUCGAUUUGUGAAAAUUAUAUUUAGUUUUUUGUGAAUAUCUCUGGAAUCAGUUGGCUUAUCACAGACUGUUGACAGACCUUUCUGUAAAGAAUUAAGUUAUCUACAAACAAAGGUUUCCUGACAUUUUUCACUGGAAUACUUGCCCUCAAAGAUAUUCGUGAGAAUCUUCUAAUUGAUUCUUACUAGAUUUAUAAAAUUACAUUUGACAUUUUGUCAUAGAAUCAUUCAUUAUCGAAAUAAUUUCAAUGUUGUGUGCUGUGAGUCGUCGUUUUACGUUCUUCAAUCGAUGAAUUUCAACACUGAGUUGUUUGAAAGAGUUAAUUAUGUGUAAAGACCUCGCAUUGACAUGUUGGAUGAUCGUCAACCGAAUGAGUGAUCAGUUUACAAAGAAAGAAGAGACAUUACAAAACAUUGAACAGGAUGUGUAUGUGCCAAGGAGAAAUCCGACAAGUCUAUGAAAUUCGAGUUGUUUGCGUGUAGAAAUACAAAUCAUGAACAUACCAGUGUUUGACGACGUUGUAUGUGCUGUGUAUCUGAACUGUGAAUAUUAAAAAAUACGUAAUAUAAUCAUGUUGGUUUUAA